AAUGUCCCAAUCAGUGUUCCGGCAAGGGAAGAUGCGUGAAUUCUACUUGUGUUUGUAUGGCAGGAUGGUCUGGAAAAAGUUGUGAGAUAGGGAAUUGUUCGAUCUGCGAUAUAACGAACGGAGAAUGUGUGAAAGGAUUUUGUCAAUGUAAAGAUGGCUGGGAAGGACAUACUUGUAAUGUGAAAGCAACAUGUUAUAACGUCGGGAAUUGUACAAGUAUUAAGCAAGGAGUUUGCCAGAAAACGAAUCUUUGUCGAUGUAAUGACGGAUUUAUUGGUCGAAAUUGUAGCAUUAUUCCUACCUGUUCCAACGUAUCUGAUUGUUCUGGAAAAGGUAUUUGUGUCGAUUAUGACGUUUGUAAAUGUAACAGAGAGUGGACUGGUAGGAACUGCACUUUGCACUCUUGUUCAACUUUGGAUUAUUGCUCAGGGCAUGGCCAAUGUGUUGAUGUGGAUGUGUGCGUGUGUGAUUCCGGAUGGACUGGGGUGAGUUGUGCCCUUGCUGACUGUGCAGAAGUGGGUAAUUGCUCUGGUCAAGGUGAAUGCAUUGCGUCGAACGUCUGCCGCUGUUACCCAGGGUUCUCUGGCUCCAACUGCACAAACAUAGCAGAAUGCGGGCUUAGAAAUUGCAGCGGAACUGGCGCUUGUACGCAAGAGAAGUCUGGCGAAAACACGACGUGCAGAUGCUAUAACGGUUUCAGGGGAUUAGACUGUAGUAUUCCUUCGUGUUCUUCCGUUAAUAACUGCUCUGAUCACGGCAAAUGUGUAGAGGCUAACCUUUGCCAGUGUGAUAUAGGUUAUGGUGGAGCUAACUGUUCGAUUCCUUCGUGCGAAGGUGUCAAUUAUUGUUCAGGACACGGAAAUUGCACAGGUUAUGAUAACUGCGUCUGCGAUCCUCUGUGGCAAGGAUCAGCGUGUAAUCUUGGUGACUGUUCCAAAGUAAACCACUGCAAUAACCAGGGAAUUUGCGUUUCGCUGGAUACCUGCCUGUGUUAUCCUGGAUGGGAAGGGGCCAACUGUAACCUCAUCGCAAAAGUUAACCUACACGCUCCAACGUUCAAUGAGACACUGUACAAUGUAUCGUUGCUAGAAAAUAGUCCGAUUGGAACGAAAGUCAUUAGAGUACAAGCAAAAGAUGCAGAUACUGGUCAAAAAGAACAAAUGUUCUAUAUAUUAAUGGAUAAUCGUCUGAAGCAGAAACCAACGUUUGAAAUCCCGAAACCAUUGUUUGGAAUCGAUAGUAGGUCUGGUGAAAUUUUUACGUCUUCAGUUUUUGACUAUGAGAGUGUCGGACCUCAGUUUUUCACUUUAAACGUCCAAGUUUCUGACAAUGGUUAUCCACCGAAAAGACGGCUUUAG